CUAGGCCUACUUAAACACUAAUCUUUCAGAGAGGAUGAAAACUAAUUAUUUCAAACGUCUAUACUCUAGCACAGUAGGGUCCUAUGAAGUCUUGGCCAAAGUCAUCUGAAGAAUCUGCGGCCUGUCCGAUCCGGGCGGUCCCUCCUGUGUCAUGUGAGUAGAGUGGCUAACCUACUGAAGCUUCCUUCAUCUCUUUCCGGCUGGUGGGAGGAGAAGAAUCCUGUCAGUUUGCUCCAUAAUGGCGGACACGUGUGGCCAAGUACUUCUGGGGUCUGGAUUAACGGUCCUUUCCCACCCCCUCAUGUACAUCAAAGUUCUAAUUCAGGUUGGCCAUGAACCUCUCCCUCCCUCCCUUGGAAGAAACCUGUUUGGUAGACAAGUGUACCAGCUGCCUGGAUUGUUUGCCUAUGCAAAGCACAUCAUCAAGAUUGAUGGCAAGGCAGGUCUCUUUAAUGGCCUAGCCCCCAGGCUCUGUGCAGGGACCAUCGGCACCCUUGUACACAGCAGAGUCUUGCAGAGAUGCCAGGAUGCAGGCAAAUAUGAGGUCUCUGGAACCAGUCAGAAAGCUGAAGAGGGAUCCUUACAGCAUGUUGUGAAUGAGACAACCAAAGAGAUGAUAGCCCGCUCCUGUGCCACGAUCGUCACGCACCCCUUCCAUGUGAUCACCUUGAGAUGCAUGGUCCAGUUUAUCGGUAGAGAAACCAAGUACAGUGGAGUGUUUGAUUCCAUCGUCACUGUCUACAAGAAUGAAGGAGUUCUGGGAUUCUUUGCGGGCCUUAUUCCUCGUCUGCUGGGUGACGUGCUCUCUCUGUGGAUCUGCAACAUGCUUGCCCACCUCAUCAACACAUACGCCAUUGAUGACUCAAUGAGUCACACAGGAGAAAUAAAGAACUGCUCUCAGGCUGUGACUGGGUUUUUCGCCAGUAUGCUCACAUACCCCUUUGUUUUGGUGUCAAACCUCAUGGCUGUCAAUGACUGCGGGCUGGCUGGCGGCCUCCCUCCCUAUGCUUCAAUAUAUCCAACCUGGGUGGACUGCUGGAGGCACCUGAGCCUAGAGGGAAACAUGAGCAGAGGCAACAGUUUAUUUUUCCGGAAGCUGCCUGUGGGGAAGACGUAUGCAAUCGACCAGAAGAGAUUUUUUUAAGUCUUGAACUACCUGCAUAGAAUCUAAUUGUAAUUAUAUAAAUUGACAUUGCCUGAAUGGGGGUGGAUCGCCGGCAUCUAAUCCUUUGUAUGCACUUGUUUACUACACUUUUUUUUUUUUUUUAACAACCUAUCAUCAAGUAAAGAUAAAACUGCUUUGAUUGGAAAUGUGAAGAACUUCCUUUAAGACAUGUUAAUUAAAUGGAGUCGUUUCACCUAAAUCCAGGAACAAACAAGAUCGCAAUAGUGCCCAGUUCACCUUUCUGUGAUGGGAGACUGAAUCUUAUGUCACCUAUUACCACUAUAUACAAACUUUCGGAAUACCCUGUAUGUGUGGAAUGGAGGCUCUCCCCGUAAUCUCCUUGUUGACGAGUUUAAGAUGGAAGUUUUAUUGAAAAUUUGCAUGUAAUGUUUAAUUCAAAGGGAAUUGGGACCUUGUUAUUGAUGUGAUCAUGCUACAACUUCAAAGGGUCCAUGUGAAGUUAAGGUAACUUUGGGCCACACUGAGCUAUGGAGAGUUGACAUGUCUAUCGCCUUGUCGAAGCAGUCAGGUGCUUGUAUUAACUCAUUGACUGAUCCAAAUAAAGAUGCUUUUUUUGACUUAUAAAA